CGUUUAGCAGUUUGUUUGGCGCCGUAACUGAACAAUGACAGCAAAACUAUUUAUUUCACAAAAUACCCCAACAUGGAACAAAUUCCCAAAACACCCCUAGUUCCCAACUACCACCAAAAGCCACGUCCCUUCCAGACACCAGUCUCAUGCCACCUUAUUUUUUUCAUCUUCGUCGUCCCUUGCGCGAAACAUGAACCCCAAAGAAAUCACAACCAAAGUUCCUCCCCCCCUUUACUUAUAAAAACCUUCCUUGAUCAUCGUCUUUAUCUCCAGGUGCCUACCUGUCUCAAAAAAAAAAAAAUUUGUUAACCAAAAUGGCUCUUACCAACUCCUCUAUUCUCCCUACAAAAUCCCUCCUUCAAUCUCAACCAUCAACGCCUUUCUCUAAGACCAAACCAUUGUCUGUUGUUCGAAUCUCCGCCGUCCAUUCAACUGACUCACCUAAGAACCCCAUCGUCUCCGAUAAGUCCGUCAAACAGCCAGCAAGUAUUCCACUUGCCGCUACGCCCAAAUCUGCUACUGUUGCUGCACCUGUCACUGCUUCACCGCAGAAUGCGGUUCCCGGGAAAUGGACUGUUGAUAGCUGGAAGUCAAAGAAAGUUUUGCAGUUGCCGGAAUAUCCGGAUCAAGUGGAGCUUGAGUCGGUGCUACGGACUCUCGAUGCUUUCCCUCCAAUUGUCUUUGCUGGUGAGGCUCGGAGUCUCGAGGAGAAGCUCGGGGAAGCCGCUACGGGAAACGCUUUCCUGUUGCAAGGCGGAGAUUGUGCUGAGAGUUUCAAGGAGUUUAACGCUAAUAACAUUCGUGAUACUUUCAGGAUCAUUCUUCAGAUGGGUGCCGUUUUGAUGUUCGGUGGUCAGAUGCCCGUUAUCAAGGUGGGAAGGAUGGCAGGGCAGUUUGCGAAGCCAAGGUCGGAGCCUUUCGAGGAAAAGAAUGGAGUGAAGCUACCCAGUUACAGAGGAGAUAAUGUCAACGGGGAUGCUUUUGAUGAGAAGUCUAGGAUUCCUGAUCCUCAAAGAAUGAUUAGAGCUUACACUCAAUCUGCAGCUACUUUGAAUCUGUUGAGAGCUUUUGCUACGGGAGGUUAUGCUGCUAUGCAAAGGGUUACUCAAUGGAAUUUGGAUUUCACCGAACACAACGAGCAGGGAGAUAGGUACCGAGAACUAGCUCAUCGUGUUGAUGAGGCCCUUGGGUUCAUGGCUUCAGCAGGACUUACAGCUGGCCAUCCUAUCAUGACAACAACUGAGUUCUGGACAUCCCAUGAGUGCUUACUCUUGCCAUACGAACAGUCACUCACCAGGCUAGAUUCUACUUCAGGUCGCUAUUAUGAUUGUUCUGCCCAUUUCCUAUGGGUUGGGGAACGUACUAGACAGUUGGAUGGUGCUCACGUCGAGUUUCUGAGAGGAGUUGCUAAUCCUCUUGGAAUUAAGGUGAGUGAUAAGAUGGAUCCAAAUGAGCUAGUUAAGCUGAUCAAAAUUCUGAAUCCUCAGAACAAACCAGGAAGGAUAACAGUGAUCACAAGAAUGGGUGCUGAGAACAUGAGAGUGAAGCUUCCCCAUCUAAUUAGGGCAGUCCGCCGGGCUGGGCAAAUUGUUACUUGGGUUAGUGAUCCUAUGCAUGGAAACACCAUAAAGGCUCCUUGUGGUCUCAAAACUCGUCCCUUCGAUUCCAUAAGGGCUGAAGUGAGAGCUUUCUUUGACGUGCACGAGCAAGAGGGAAGUCAUCCUGGAGGAGUUCAUCUGGAGAUGACUGGCCAGAACGUGACAGAGUGCAUUGGUGGAUCCCGGACUGUUACAUUUGAUGACUUGAGUUCACGCUACCAUACCCACUGUGACCCUCGGCUCAAUGCUUCUCAAUCUCUUGAGCUUGCCUUCAUCAUCGCAGAGCGCCUUAGAAAGAGGAGGAUCAACUCACAGCAACCUCUGGUCACAAGGCUGUAGAGUGGCCCUCAAGGAAUCCAGCCACCAGCCCACCAAUAUAUUUGUUCUUUUUUUUUAUUUAUUUUUUCUCUUAUGUUGUUAGUGGCACCUCAUUAAUGUUUUACUUUUGGGAUUCUUGAACUAAAUUAUGUCGUUUGUAUGUGAAUACUUGGAGAAAAAGUGACGCUUUUGAGAUGAAUAAAAAAUUAAGCUAUGAAUGAAUUCUAAAAUUGCUUGGAAGACUCCAUUU